AGUGGUCACCAGCAGUCCCUGUCCCUUGGCCCCAGGGCCCCUGUAGCCUGGCUAGUUAGGAAAGGGGACUGCAUCUCCAAAUAAGAAAGAUCCAGUUGUGGCCACCCAAUUCCUCCUCUUCGAAAGGCACUUUCUGCCCAUCGCCUGCUUUCUGUGCCAGGACCAUCUUUACUUUCCCCACAAAAGCCCAUCCUCUAUUCCUAUUUCCGAAGCUCCUGCUCAUGGAGAGUUCGAAUUGCUCUGGCCUUGAAAGGCAUUGACUAUGAGACGGUGCCCAUCAAUCUCAUAAAGGAUGGGGGCCAACAGUUCUCUAAGGACUUCCAGGCACUGAAUCCCAUGAAGCAGGUGCCAGCCCUGAAGAUUGAUGGAAUCACCAUUCACCAGUCACUGGCCAUCAUUGAGUAUCUAGAGGAGACACGUCCCACUCCGCGACUUCUGCCUCAGGACCCAAAGAAGAGGGCCAGCGUGCGUAUGAUUUCUGACCUCAUUGCUGGUGGCAUCCAGCCCCUGCAGAACCUGUCUGUCCUGAAGCAAGUGGAAGAGGAGUUGCAGCUGACCUGGGCCCAGAAUGCCAUCAUUUCUGGAUUUAACGCCCUGGAGCAGAUCCUACAGAGCACAGCAGGCACAUACUGUGUAGGAGAUGAGGUGACCAUGGCUGAUCUGUGCUUGGUGCCUCAGGUGGCAAAUGCUGAAAGAUUCAAGGUGGAUUGCACCCCCUACCCUACCAUCAGCUCCAUAAACAAGAGGCUGCUGGUCCUGGAGGCCUUCCAGGUGACUCACCCCUGCCGGCAGCCGGAUACACCCACCGAGCUGAGGGCCUAGCUCCCAAAUCCUGCCCCGUUGGCACAGGGCCACAGGAGCAGAAGCUGGGUGGGCUGAAGAGGCCUGGAAACAAGUGAGUUAAUUGAGGAGACAGGAGACUCCAACUCUAGCCCUGGAUCUGCCUUCCUGCUGAAACUUGUUCCCCCUCAGUCCCCUCAUCUGUCAAAUGCAUGUGGGGUUGGGUAGGAAGAUGCUGGGAGCAGCAGGGCAGGAAUACUGUUACCUAUGUGACGGGGCAGUCGUGAAGCUGACAUGAAAAUGUGGAUUAAAAUGCCUGGCGUGCUCACCAUAACACCACGGGAAGCCUGUGUGCCUUUUCUCAUCUGCUUUUGUUGUGUCUGACUCCCAAGAAUGCCCACGCUGAAAUUUGGCGUGAAUUAAACUGAAGCCCAGGCCUCUA